AUGUUAGCUUCAGAUAUAGAACAAUGGAACGCUGGCACCAUGGAAGACAAAACCAAAGAGGCGCAAAGGAUCUGUGAUAUUGAGAAAUCUAACCAGCGCAGCACUGUCUUGACAAAAGCAUUGUUUUUCUUAAUAGGAGCCUCAGUAACAUGUCAAGGAUCCGUAGGAUGGUUAACUUCCAAGGCAUUUGGAACGGAAGUUUUUAUCGGUGAUUGCUUUGGAAUAUUUUUUGGGGUAAAUUUGGCAUCAUUUAUAUUAGUGUUGCUCUUUAUUGAGGGAAGCUAUAGGAAAGCAGUAAUAGGUGGUUGGUUUUGUUUCUUAUGCCAUGUUACAUAUGUACUAAUCUCCAUCUUUGGAUACGGGAAUUCGGCCAAGUAUCUUUAUAUCGCAGUCUACGGUGUAAUCGGAGCCCUGGAAGCCAUAAUAAUACAAUCAAAUUCCCAUGUCGUAUCAAAGUACUACCAAUCAUGCAUAUUUUCUAGCCUUUAUGCUGGAUAUUACGGAGGAAUAGCUAUGUUUGCACUUAUCCAGACAAUCCUUCAAAAAUUAAUUGGAACAGCAUCAUCAAAAGAGUAUAGAUUGUGUCUAGCAUCAACGCAUGGUAUAUUCGCAAUAAUAGUUGGAAUAGUUGUAGCCAUUCAAACUGUGUGUUAUCAUAAGACUAGAAUUUUAACAACAUCGAUGAGCAGUGAUUCUAAAGGAUCAGGCUAUCGCAAGUUAAUAGGGAUGUAUGGGAUUUUUCUUCACCUACCCAAAUUCCUACCAAGGUUUAUCAUAUUCAACAUGUCGGAUCUCUGUAAAUGUGCCUUUUAUCAAGUUUUUAUACCAUAUAGAAUGAACUUUAACGACACACAAUUAGCAAUCGUCUUUUUCAUUGACAAUAUAUUUGACAUCAUUGGAAGAUCAAUAGCAAGCGUAGCUGAUGAAGAGAUUAAAGCCUCCAGCAACGUAAAAACUCACAGAUUAUUCCUGUUCAAAAGAGAUAUCAUAUUAUUCAUGAUACCGGUAAUUGCAUGGACUUUGUCUUUUCUAGUAAUAUGGAGCACAUGGACAUUGAAGAUAUACCUUUUAACAAUGUUUGAACCAAUCGCAGUAAUCACAUUCCUAGUGUCAGUAUCAAUGGGAUAUACAUCCACAAGAGGAUUGAAUGGAUGCAUCCCUAUCCUGGAAUAUUAUAGUUUACAGAAGGAUGAAAAUAACAAUGCAAUGUUUCCAAAUGAACACAAGGAACAUUACAACUACAUAAAUGAUUUGAACACUUUAUUCAUAAAGUUGUUCUGGACUAUUCUCUUUGUCUUUGCGGACUACAUCUCAAAACUCAUGGAAAAACAUCAAUCUUCCGUGGAAUACCUAACAAAGAAGAACAUGUAG